CCAUCAUAAAGGCGUCAAAGCUGUUUAGUGGCCGAAGUUGUUAGAUGACGGAUAGCACUUCUAUUUAUUUCAACCAACCUUGUACAUUCCACAUUCAGAAUCUCAACAGUCACUACAAUAUCAAGAUCGACAUUCAAACUUGAGCUUCCUCUACCAUGCACGCUGCUCGUUCCACCGCUCUUCAAAGGGCAAGAUCGGUGGCCAAUUCAAAGCAUACCAGCUCAUUACAAAAGCGUACUUAUGCAGUACCGGUAAACAAGCAAUCAUCCGUUGACCCUUUGUUGGGUAUCGCACCACCUCCUGCUCCAAAGCCAAUCGAAGGAGAAAGUGGAGAAAAAGAUGCUGUACCAAACUUUAUGGUUGGCACUGCAAGACCAAAUAAUCCAAAUGACCUAAGUGAACUACUGAAAGGGAACCGAAUCAAUGGCUCGCAUAGAGUACAAGGAAGUGCAGCUGCUGGAUCGCAAACACGCAGUAGAUUAGCAGCCGCUCUAGGAGCAAUGAGAAGGGGAGCAGGAUCAGCAAUUCCAAAGCACGAUUUAGAGAACGCAUUUAUGCCACCUGAAGAUCCAAAAGCGCCACAAAAGCCAGAACAACGUAUAGAAGUAGAAGUGGAUGGACCGAAAGAACCUAUCGAUCGAGAACAUCCGCAUGCAAUUGAUGCAAUUCAUGGAAGAAAUGAUCUGGACGAACGGAUCUUAGCAGCCGCACGUGCAUUGCAUCAUGCUAAACAGCAAUCUCCAAGUGGUGGCUUGAAUGCAUCCUCUUUGCCUACACUCUUGCAAGCAUUCAAGGAGAACAGCGAAAGAACUCUAAGUGUAGAGCUGCCCAAUGAAAACAAACCAAAGGAGGAUCGCCGAGUUCUUGUGACAAGCGCAUUGAGCGAUGAGAACGAACUUAAUGAAAAGGCAGAGGAUGGUGUACUCUUGAUCGCUUAUGUCACCGGACUAGAUGCAGGAAGAGGUCAAGAACGUAUCAGCGUUUGUUCCGGAUUUGCUGUUGAAGGCGGAGAUCGAUUGGGAGAAGGCGAAAGUGGUGGAAAGGGUGCUUUGGUGGUAUCCUGCGCACAUACAUUGAGAGGAUCGCUAUCACGACCGGUCAGCAAAGAGGAAGGCGGAGAGGGAAAGGAAAGAUCUACAAAUGAAUCUUCUAUUGCCCUAGCGGUGACCAGAACGGGACAUGUUUUUCCGAUCAAUGAAUUGCUCUCAAGUUUACCCACUUCAGAUUUAGUCUUAUUGCAAUUAGGCGAACAGGCCAUCGCAGUGGAAGAAAACUUAGACUUCGGUGUCCCUCUACGCCCAUCCAACGUCAAGGUACGAACACUACCUAUCAACCCUUACCCCGCAGCUGUUGGAGCGGAGCUCUGUGUGAGCAGCUUUUGGGGAUGGGAAGAUGAUGCAGGAUCUACUUUGCCUGCAUUUGAAUUUAGUCAACCGACAGCUGGCUCCGUUGGAUCAGAUGGAUUGCAAUCUGCUUUAACAAUCUCACCCUGUCUACCACCACCGGUAGGACGUGAAAAAGACACAAUCAAACGUGAACGUGAUGAUGCGGGGAGAAGUAGAUGGGGACGUGCACGAUUGGUAGAGUAUCGUGAUUCAGAAGGAAAAGAAGCCAGGACGGGAACAUAUGAUGAUUUAGCACAACUAGAUUUCAAACUUGUGCCGGAUAAUGUUCAUAAUCCACCAGCCUUACAACAACAGGCUCAAAUACUCUCUUUUCCACCUCCGGGUAGUAGUGGAGGACCAAUCGUUGAUGCACAAACAGGAGCCGUUGUUGGUAUCACACGCGGUGUAAAGAUGGGAGUCUUGGAAGGCAGACGUGGUGACGGUAUUCCGGCUGAACGUUUGUUCUUUAUGUUCGCCUUGCCAGGAUUUGGUAGCAAGAAGCAGUAG